AUUGUGAACGACAGCCUAACGCACGACCGACCACGACGUCUGUGAGCACCGGAUACUCAACGACACUAAGGUCGAACAACCCUCCACCUACACAAUAUGUCUCACGAAUCGGUCUGGUAUUCGCGCCCGCGCACCUACGGCAAAGGCGCUCGCUCCUGCCGCGUUUGCACCCACAAGGCCGGUCUGAUCCGUAAGUACGGCCUCAAUAUCUGCCGUCAGUGCUUCAGGGAGAAGAGUGCCGAUAUUGGUUUCGUCAAGCACCGAUAAUCACCCUACGAAUCAUCGGAUGCGAAUCGAGAAGACGAGAUGGACGUAUGUGCAACGGGUGUUUGAGUCAAUGAGCACGUGAUGGCUGGAGUGAAUAUCGAUGAGGGAAUGAAGAGGUCUAAACGGUGGAGUAGGUCUGCAUUGCUGGGCUCUUAUUCUCUUCUAGAAUAACUUCUUUUCAACUCAUGGGCGGUGUCGGGUUCAAUAGGAAAAUCCAACUGAAUUCACGACAACA